UUUUUUUUUUUUUUUUUCAUACCCGUAUGUAUGUUCAACAUGUUUUGUACUUCGCUAAUAAAAUAUUUCUCAAAGGAAUAGAAAAAAGACAUGAUUUUAGAAUAUUUAAUAAUUAUUUUAUAAAAUGUUUUGGAAAAUAUAAUAUACCCUAUCGAACUUUUACUAAAAAGACAAAUUCAUCUAUCCCAUUAUCAAAUAAAUUUAAAUCUUCAACAGAAGCAAAAUCAUUAAUUAAAUCAUUAGAAGAAGAAUCUAUAAAAUUAGCAAAAGUUUAUAAUUGGAAGGAAUGGAAAGAAGAAGAAACAAAACUUUUAUUUUUAGCAUCAGAAAUUCAUGGAAAUCGAUGGAAAUAUAUUCAUAAACAUUAUUUUAAUUAUAGAUCAUUAUAUUCAAUUAAAUGUAAAUGGGAUAGAGAAAAUUUAAGGAUUGAAAAUAAUCAUAAAAAUAUUAUAUCAAAAUGGACUCCAGAAGAAGAUAAAAUUUUAUUAAAAGGUUUUGAAAAAUAUGGUAGACAAUGGAGAAAAAUUUCAAGAUUGUUACCAAAUAAAGAAUCCUUACAAGUACUUAGAAGAUUUUGUAUUAUUAAUUAUACAAAACGUGGGCAUUUUACUGAAGAAGAAGAUAAAUUAUUAUGUGAUUUAAUAAUAAAAUAUGGUGGAAAUCAUUGGACAAAGAUUGCUGAUGAUAUGAAUAGACCUAUCAGUACCAUUAAAAGACGUUUUAAAUUUGUUUUAUUAAAUUCUUCUAAAGAUAUAAAAUGGACUGAUCAAGAAAACAAAUUAAUUAGUGAUUCUAUUAUAAAGUAUGGUAAAGACUGGAGAAGCAUUCAAAAAUUAUUGCCUCAUCGUUCAGUUAGUUCUAUAAAAGAACAUGUGAGAUGGUGUCCCUUAGCUGAUCCUUAUUAUAAAAGUGGUUUUUGGGAAGUUAAUGAAAUCAUAAGAUUAAUAAAAGCUGUAAGAUUAUAUGGGAAAAGUUGGCAAAAAGUUUCAAAGUACGUUAAAACUAGAUCUCCUUUUCAAUGUCGUAUUUAUUUUAGAAAUUCUUUUACAAAGAAAAAUCUAGAGUCACAUGUUUUAAAUUUGGAACUAAAAGGAAUACAAAGCAUAUUUCCUGUUGAGAUGGAUGGUCAAGAUUUUUUAGAAAAACUUGCAGCUGAGCAAUUACUAGUAGAAUUAAAAUCUUAAUAAACAAGAAUUAAUUUCUCUUGAUGUCCUGGAUAUAUCCCCCCAUGUUCUUCUGGUUCCUGAACUGUUCCAUUAUGAGAGAAUUGAAUUAAAAUUUCCGAGGGACUUCACGAAAUCAAAAUCUGAUUGCAAAUUUUAAGACGAGUUCACAUAAAGAUCAUUCAUUCUUAUAGUGGGUAUACACUAUCACUCAUAGGAAUUUCAUUUUUGAAUGUUUUUCAAUCACAUAAAUGUAAUGCGUGAUACUUAAUUUCAGAUUAUCGUCUAAUCUUAUGACCAAUUUAGCAACAGUUAAAAAAUUUGUAUCAGAAUUGUAAAGUUUUACUACAGUAUCUUUUUCUUCUUCAAAAAACGAUUUGUAUUUAAUUGACACCACUAUAAUGUCUAUUUAAAUUAUGUUGGCCCGAAUUAGAAUUUAAAUGAUAAUUAUUUUAUUUAAUAUUUAAUGAUUUUUUUAAUUGGAUGUCCACAAGUUUUUUUUAUAAAUAAAAUCCGAU